AUGAAUUCGGAAAGGCAAAGGCGCCCAAAUGUGAGAUUACGGGAAAUAGGAGACGUUUCUACAUGUGGGUUCUCUCAGAAAACAAAGGAGAAUUUUGGUUACAAGAGAUUUAGAAAUGUUUUGCUGAACUCUAAAGAGACUCAACACAAUUCAUUUGUAGUGGAUUUGGAUGAAAUUGAUAUGACCAAGUCAAAAUUGAAUAUUGGUACCAUAACUAGGAAGUGUAGGGUCAUGAAGCGCCGAGGCCAUAGUACCACUGGGUAUGGUAAUGCUUUUAGUAGCGUUUGGAGCUCUAAACUUAGCCCUCAGUUUAGUUAUGGAACAAUUGCUAAGGGCAAAGAGGCUUGCGAGUAUGUUAGACAACAAGAGAACUUCGAUGGUUUUUGGCUGGAGGGUGCUUAUUAUGAACAUCAUGAUGUGUCUCCUGUAUCUGGGUAUGCAUCGGAUGAGAUGAAGUUUCAAGGUGAUACUGUCAGUACAUCGGUUGGAUAA